AUGGGAUUCAUCAUUCGCGACUUGUGGACUGCAGAGACACCGGGGCCGAGGACAGCUGUUCGAGCUUUUAAUGCUCUUAUUGCUUUGAUUGGUAUCGUUUGUAUAGCAAUGGGAACCUACUACCCAGCGUCUGGAGUGAUCUAUUACAUUAUCCUCGCGGUGACAACCAUUUGGUCUGCCCUGGUUUCGAUCUUCUCUCUCACCGAGCGUACCAUUCAUCCAGGGUUCGUCACCGCCUUGGAUUUUGCUCUUGCAGUAGUGCACUUCUUUUUCGGAAUCCUCAACGCCAGAGCUGCAAGUGGCUAUUCGUAUGGGCGCGGGAAUGACAUUGUUGCAAUCUUCUUACUUGUAGCUGGAAUUCUUCACCUCCUGUUCUUUGUCUUGGCCUGCCGAGACACCCACGUUCGACGAAGGUCGACAAUUACAGAUACUGCGAAGGAAGAUUUCCGUAGUGCUCCCGACUAUUACGAGACUGCACAGGGGAAUGCGCAUGAGAUUGCGAGCGAGCCCAGCGCACGACAUUUCCAGGGCCACGAAGGAUGA